GACCCUGCGCUGCGCGGGGGCGCGGAGCCCGGAGCCGCGGGGCGCGGCGGCGCGUGCGCACACGGGCGUCGCGGGAAGUUGGAAACCGGCGGGCCGGGCCGUGGGGCUGGGGGGCCGCGCGGGCAUGGGCGCGGCGGCCGGCCUGGCGCGGCGGCUGCGGGAGGCGCUGCGGCAGGAGGAGCCGCGGGCCGUGGAGGAGCUCCUGCGCCGCGGCGCCGACCCCAACUUGGUGCUCGCGGAUGGCGCGGCGGCCAUGCACCUGGCAGCCGGAGCCCGGCACCGGCGCGGUCUGCAUUGUCUCGAGGCUCUGCUGCGCCGUGGCGGGGACCCCAAUGCUCGCUCGGCCGAGGCGCUGACGCCGCUGCACGUGGCCGCCGCCUGGGGCUGUCGCCGCGGCCUGGAACUGCUGCUGAGCCAGGGAGCGGACCCCGCGCUGCGCGACCAGGACGGACUCCGGCCGCUGGACCUGGCCAAGCAGCAGGGGCACCAGGACUGCGUGCGCGUCCUGCGGGAGCUCGAGACCAGGACCAGGACCCUGGCCCGGACCUGGUCGGAGACCCAGGAGCCCGAGCCCGACGGCCCAAGCCCCCCGGGGAAAGGGCUGCACGCCAGCCCUGCUGGGGCUCCUGGUGUGACGCUGGACUCCACAGCACUGGGCAGAGGUAACACCAGAGACAUCGGCCCUGAGGCCGCGGACACGGGUGGCGGCUUGGAGUCUGCUCCAGGGCGCUGGGACUGCGGCACAGAUGCUUCCUUCGUCACCGCGCUCGAGGCCUCUGGAGCCGAAGACCCAGCCCCCAACACCGCCCCUGGGGCUGGGUCACUGCCCCAGACCGGGCAGGCGCUCCUGCCUGGUGUCCGACCCUCGUGGAGAGUACCAAGACCUCUGGGUACCCCACAGCUGGCACAGCAAGCCGCCCUGGCAGGCAGGGAGGCAGAACUGAGUGCCCGUCUGCAGGCCCUGACUCUGAUCUCUCCGGAUGCCUCCCCGGCCCCCACAUCCCUCCCGGAAGGGCCCGGAGCCGGCAGGGCCCCUUGGGAACCACUGUCUGGACCCCCCAGCUUCCACUUCCUGACAGAUGACCAGUUGUCCCUCGAUAGUGAUGUGGCCGCCUUCUGGCUGACGGAGGAUGAGGCGAGCUUCACAAGUGGCAGGGACCCUGUCCCCUCUUGCCGGUGCCCACCAGUCCCCGCCAUGUCUGACUGGGAGCUGCUGCGAGGGCUCCAAGCACUUGGCAAGAGCCGUGGCCCCAUCACUCCCUUCACCCGGCCAUACUACCUGCCACGGCUGGAAGAGGCCCAGGCUGCUCCUGGCCCAGACUUUUCAGGGCACAGCCCAGAGCUGGCCAAGGCCCUGCACACAGGCCAUAUCCCGGAUGCCCAGGCAGACGAGGAUGAGCUUGCCCAGCAGUUUGAACAGCCGGAUCCCACCAGAAGGUGGCGGGAGGGGGUCGUGAAGUCCAGCUUCACGUAUUUGCUGCUGGAUCCCAGAAAAACUCAGGACCUGCCAGCCCGAGCCUUCUCACUGACCCCAGCUGAAUGCCUUAGGACUUUCGUCCAUGCCAUCUUCUAUGUGGGCAAGGGGACACGGGCCCGGCCGGAUGUCCACCUCUGGGAGGCCCUCGGCCAGCGUGGGCGCCCAGGAAAACAGGCCUGCCCUAAGGUGCGUCAGAUCUUGGACAUUUGGGCCAGUGGUCGUGGCGUUGUCUCCCUGCACUGCUUCCAGCAUGUGGUGGCUGUGGAGGCUUACACUCGAGAGGCGUGUCUUGUGGAUGCUCUAGGGAUCCAGAUGCUGACCAACCAGAAACAAGGACACUGUUAUGGAGUGGUGGCUGGCUGGCCACCCGCCCGGCGCCGCCGCUUGGGGGUGCAUCUGCUGCACCGCGCUCUCCUUGUCUUCUUGGCUGAGGGUGAACGAGAGCUACGGCCCCAGGACAUCCAAGCCCGUGGCUGAGCACUGGUGAAUUCACCAUCCAGCCUGGGUAGAGAUCAGGGUGGCUGAAUGUUCCAGCUGCCCUGUGCUGAGAGCAGCCCUCUGUCUCCAGCUCCAGAAGGCUGGUGGGGGGCAGCAAGGCAAAUCUCCCCAUCAGGCUGAGGGAGGAGUUUGUUACAGAUGGAACUGCUGGAGAGCUAAUGAGCUCUCCAUCAUGAGAGGAGAACAAAUGGGGACCAGAGGUUCUUUGGAACAUUCCAGUCCUUCAGAAUAUGCUGGUGCUUUGGCAGUUUGGUCCUGUCUGUGAGGACAGAGUCUACUUUUAUCUCCUGACACCGGGGACGCACAAUGUGGGGUGGGCUGGGGGAAUCUGUCCGGGUCAAGAGCCAGGUUUUGCUGCUUCCCACCUGUGGGACUUCAGACCAGCAAUUUGUCUCUCUGAGCCUCAGUUUCCUCAGCUGUGCAGUGGGGACAGUGAGAAGUCCUACCUCAGGGGGUCAUUGUGGGGAGCUUUGCCCCAAGCCAGAGGUGGCCCACCAGCCCAGGUGCCGACUGUGUGUGGAGACGUGUGGGCAGGGCUGGGGGUCGCAGGUGAGGCACCCACUUCCACAGUAAAAUGGGGUCAAUCGCCCUGACUUCCGGGUGACGCUCUGCGAUUUCAGACUAUUCACGUAGGCUGAAAUCUUCCGUACAUGCCAGGCCGCCAUACUGGGGAGGUGCUGGUGGGAUCAUUUAAGUUUACCAGAAGUUGCUUCUUUAAAGCGGCCACUGGGGGCCGGCCCCGUGGCAUAGCGGUUGGGUGCGCGCGCUCCGCUGCUGGCGGCCCGGGUUCGGACCCCGGGCGCGCACCGAUGCACCGCUUCUCCGGCCAUGCUGAGGCUGCGUCCCACAUACAGCAACUAGAAGGAUGUGCAGCUGUGACAUACAACUAUCUACUGGGGCUUUGGGGGGAAAAUAAAUAAAUAAAAUUAAAAAUAAAUAAAUAAAUAAAGCGGCCACUGGGUUUAGGGACGUGGGGAGAUCCACCGCCUGACUGGGUUCACCACCUCCCGGUCGUGGUGGCUCAGCGAACCAGGUCCUGCAGGGCCAGCUGUAACUUGGCAGUGGUUCUACCUCCCGGCCUCCGCCGUGGAGCCCAGGCUUCUCUGGGGAAUGGCCGGUAUGGUGAGUGGGGGCCUGGCCUCCGGGGUAGGCCUGGGCUCUAACACUGCAACCGAACUGAGGAAGCCUUUCUCCGAGCUUCGGUUUCCUCGUGUGUCAGACAGGGAGGCCUCCUGGAUACUAAGUCUCUUGAUAAAGCCAUAGUAAUUAGAACAGCUUGCCAUGGGCCCAGGAAUUCACAACAGGUCACUGGGAAAGAAUCGAGACUCAAAAGACCCCACAGAGAUGGGGUCUGCCUAACACAGGGCUUCCCAGGCUUGGCCCUACUGACACUUGAUAAGUUUUUCCUUGCGGUGGGGGUGUCCGGUGCACCGUAGGGUGUCGCGGGCAGCGACCUUGGGCUCCACCCACUGGAAGCCAGUAGCAUCCUCCCCAGUGGGGGUGAUCAAAAAUGGCUUCCGAAUUUGCCAAGGGACAACAGUACCCCUGGUGAGACCCCUGAUCUAAACUAAAGGUGGGCUCACCAACCAGGGGGGAAAGGACGGAAGACGCAGUCGUUCUCCCGCAGUCCACACAAACCACAGGAAGACCGAGGUAUGCAUACGUUAGAAUAA